UCGAGGGUUUUCAGCAGUUUAAUAUCAUUUAUUCAGCACAAGGGAACCACGCCUGGAAACCCUGUUACGCAUAAGGUCAUUCUGAAUACCAACUACUGAGAAGUACGUAGGAAAGCCAUACAUUUCCUAAGUCUGAAUCAGGCCCUAAAUUACUGGCUAUUAGUUUUUAUUUGUAUUUGUAUUUUACCUUAAUUUAACCAGGUAGGCUAGUUGAGAACACCUUUAUUUAACCAGGUAGGCUAGUUGAGAACACCUUAAUUUAACCAGGUAGGCUAGUUGAGAACACCUUUAUUUAACCAGGUAGGCUAGUUGAGAACACCUUAAUUUAACCAGGUAGGCUUAUUGCGAACAAGUUCUCAUUUACAACUACAACCUGGCCAAGAUAAAGCAAAGCAUGUCGACACAAACAACAACACAGAGUUACACAUGGAAUAAACAAACAUGCAAUCAAUAAUACAGUAGAAAAAUCUAUAUACAGCAUGUGUAAAUGCGGUAGGAUAAGAGAGGUAAGGCAAUAAAUAGGCUAUGAUGGCAAAUUAAUUACAAUAUAGCAAUUAAACACUGGAAUGGUAGGAUGUGCAGAAGAUGAAACUGCAAGUUGAGAUACUGGGGUGCAAAGGAGCAAGAUAAAUAAAUGAAUGCAGUAUGGGGAUGAGGUAGAUUGGAUGGGCUAUUUACAGAUGAGCUAUGUACAGGUGCAGUGAUCUGUGAGCUGCUCUGACAGCUGGUGCUUAAAGCUUGUGACGGAGGUAAGAGUCUCCAGCUUCAGUUAUAACCUAAGAUAAGUUGCGUUGCAUGGUAUAAAUAAGAUGGUGCCGCCAGAGAGGGCCGCCUCGCUUCUAGUCCUUAGGAAACUUUGCAGUAUUUUGUUUUUUUAUGUAUUAUUUCUUAUAUUGUUAGCCCAGAAAAUCUUAAGUGUUAUUACAUACAGCCGGUGUAUGGGGUCUUUACUUGCAGAGUAAAAGUGAGUGCUCUUUCCUAUCCCCAGACUCCAAAAGUGAAUAGGUAUUCCCUGUUUUAGUUAACUUUUAUAACAAAAAGUGCAGAUUUUCAAUACCAAAUAAAAAAUCUAAGUUGGACAGUCGAGAACAUUAUUCUGCCAGUAAAUCAUACGUUACAUAAUACCAAGAGUAGUGUCCAUUUUUGGCAUGUGACAAAAUACACCAGUUGGUCUUCUUGACCCUUCAAACAGGCCACAGGUGUAUUUCCUCCUUAAAGGACAAUUCCACCCAAAAACAAUCCUUUGCUAUUUUUUUAAAUUAGUCCAUUAAUGACGUAGUCCCAAAAUGUUUUGCUUGUCAGCACUCAAGUUUUCAAGAUAUGUAACUUUCAAAAUAAAGAAAUCAUAUUUUGAAAGUUAUAUAACUUGUAAACUUGAGUGCUGACAAGCAAAACAUUUUGGGACUACGUCAACAAUGAACUAUUGAAACAAAUUCCAAAAUAUCGUUUUCAGGUGUAAUUGUAAAACUACUCAAAUGCAUGUAUUCAUUGCCUCCUACUGCCCUGAGGAGGUAUAACAUUCUGGUCUCAUGAGGUACUCAAUACAUUUACAUUUCAGCAGUGGAGUAAACGUAAAGAUACCUAAAUAGAAAAUGACUCAAGUAAAAGCAAAAGUUACCCAGUAAAAUACUACUUGGGUAAAAGUCUGAAAGUAUCGGUGGUACAGUGGUGGAUAAAGUAUUCAAUUGUCAUAUUUGAGUAAAAGUAAAUGCUAUACAUCAAAUUCCUUAUCUCAAGAAGACCAGACUGCACAAUUGUUAUUAUUAUUUACUGACAAUUAUUAUUAGUUGUUUAUUUUAUUUUUACGGACAGCCAGGGGCACUAUUUACAAUUUCAGUAUUUGUGUUUAGUGAUUCCGCCAGAUCAGAGGCAGUAGGGAUGAUGCGUUAUUAUUGAUAAGUGCUUGAAUUGGACCAUAAUUCCGUCCUGCCUGAGCAUUCGAAAUGUAACAAGUACUUUUUGGUGUCAGGAGAAAUGUAUGGGUGUAAAAUGUACAUAUUUUCUUUAGGAAUGUAGUGGAGUAAAGUUGUUAAGAAAUAUAAAUAGUAAAGUACAGAUACCCCCCCCAAAAAAACUACUUAAGUAGUACUUUUACUUAAGCACUUUACACCACUGAAUUUCAGUCUUUAGGCAGGAUCCACAGUUGGAUGUCACUCACUGUAACGACAGACUUGGAAAUAACAUACUGAAGUUAAUACUGUGUGUGUGUGUGUUCAGGUGGGGGUUGGAGAGAGAGACAUUGUCCUGUGUUUAGGAGCGUUGCUUGAGAUCCUUCAGUAAAGCUCAUAUCACCAGAACAAAACACACAAAGAGCAGAAAACAAGGCCCAGGGAUAUCCAGUGUCGCCUUUUCUCUAUUGUUCGGGAGCAUAGAAACCCAAACCCAAACUCCACCCUCCCCACCUCCCUCCAAAGUGGGAUCUAUAUAAUAAGAUCCUGUUUACGCCUCGUCAUCCCAGAACUCAGGCUAUCAGAGAGAAGGAAGAAGACCACCAGUGGUCAGUCUGAAGGAAUAAGAGGCAGACGAAGAAGAAGGAGAGGAGAGCCUCCAUUGCAACCUUUCCGUGUUCGAGACUGCGCAGCAUUGUCUAGACAGAAGCAGUUUGACUUGAUUGAAUCAUUGACAAAUAACCGUGUAGAGGCUAAAUGUGGGCAGGGGUUUAAGUCGAUCAUCUGUACAACAGCAGCAGUAGAUUCAGCGUACCAGCCGUAGUAACCAGCGGCACUAGUACACCUUGAACUUUGAACUUUGUAAACUUCAGCCAUGGCUUCCCAGGGCCUCCAGAUUAUGGGAGUAAUGCUGGCUAUGAUUGGCUGGCUGGGGACCAUCCUCACUUGUGCCAUGCCCAUGUGGAGGGUCACUGCCUUUGUCGGAGCCAACAUCGUCACCGCUCAGGUCAUCUGGGAAGGGUUAUGGAUGAACUGCGUGGUUCAGAGCACGGGCCAGAUGCAGUGUAAGGUCUAUGACUCCAUGCUGGCCUUACCCCAGGACCUCCAGGCCGCCAGAGCUAUGGUCAUCGUGGCAGUGAUUGUGGGCGUCUGCGGCGUCAUGAUGGCCAUCGUCGGGGGGAAGUGCACCAACUGCAUGGAGGACGAGGCUGCCAAAGCCAAAGCCUGCAUCAUCGCCGGGAUCGUCUUCAUCAUCUGUGGCCUCCUCAUCUUCAUCCCUGUGUCAUGGUCGGCCAAUACCCUGAUCAGAGACUUCUAUAACCCCUUGGUGAUAGAGGCCCAGAGGAGGGAGCUGGGGGCGUCUCUGUACAUCGGCUGGGGCUCCGCAGGGCUGCUGCUGUUGGGAGGGGGUCUGCUCUGCUGCAACUGCCCCCCCAAGGAGGGCAACAUGGGCAGGCCAUAUGUGGCGGCUAAGUUCGCCCCCGUCCGGACCACAUCUCCGUCCAUGAACUAUGUGUGAGUGAGGAGUAGAGUCUCUGGUGGAUAUGGGGACAUUCUACAUUUUUUACAUUUGACAUUUUAGUAAUUUAGCAGGCGCUCUUAUCCAGAGUGACUUACAGUUAGUCCAUUCAUCUUCAGACCGCUUGGUGGGACAACCACAUAUCACAGGCAUAGUAUGUACACUUUUCCUCAAUAAAGUAGCUAUCAGCAAAGUCAGAGCUAGUAAGGGGAGGGGUUCAGGUGCUUUUGGAAGAUGGGACUGGGGAUAUAGGAGCAGGAUGGGGUGUUCAGUGGUACAGAUUAAAUGUUGAUGCUCUUAUUGAGUUGUCCGAUGCUCUUUUGCAGAUGAUACUAAGUUUUGUCUAUUCUACAUAUUGCCAGCUCUAUGUUCUAAGUAUAUAUUAUAUCUUAUGACAUGAUAUGAUGUUGGGUCUGCUCCGCUUGAUAUAUUUCUAUAUUGUGAAUGUUGCUAGGUGACUUUGAAGUUGUAAUGUUUUACAUUGAUGUCCUCCUGUGACAACAUUUAUUUUUUUUGCUCAAAUUGAAUGUUACAUUCUGUCUGUAUCCUAUUACAGGACUACUCUCUUUUGUAUGCUUUUCAGUAUGUGCAUUUUUCCCCCUUCAUUUCACAAAUACUCACAUUUUAAAUAAAAGUAGAUUUUAAAACAAAAAUAAAUGUCUGUUUGAAUAUAAAUAUUUAGCAUCAUGGUUUAAAUUACGUUGUUGUUCUCUGUUCAUUCGAGUUGCGCAAAGUAGACGCAUAGACCUAGAUUGAUUGAUUAAGAGGAAUUUCUAUUGGCAAGUGCAUUUUUCGCCGUUAGGCUGUUUGACAUUUUCAAAUGGACUGUCCUCGUGGGGUGACAGUAUUUUACAGAAAAAAACCCUGAAUACAACAGAUUUCGGCGACACCUCGAGACAAUCCGUUUGCGCGUGCCUGGAAACACAAUGACGAGGAAUCCAGCUUUUUGUCAAAUUGACGUCUGAUUUGAAUUUCGCAGCAGGUUAGGAGAACUUACGCAGCAGGUUAGGAUAACUAAUUUAGAAGGUUAGGAGAUUAGGUUGUUAGGAAAAUGAUUAGGGUUAGCUAAAAUGCAACAACAACAAAAAUACACUUUUGACAUUAAUUUGAAAAAAGAUGGAUCCUUUCUAGCCAUGUCUGUUUAAUGGCAACAGAGAGAGCGCCUCUUUUCACAUACAGUAGGCAACAGACCGCACAUCUACCAGUUCGUUUUCAGGUGAAAAUAAAUGUCCAAAUAUAUAUAUAAAUAUUCCCCCGCCCAGUUUUCCUCAAGACAGGUUUCUGAAAAGGAAUAUUAACAUAAUUUAUGUGCUGAGCAUCACUAAGGAUUCAGUUUUUAAAAUUCGUUGAGAAAAAUGUAUAUUUAAAAAUAUAUAUUAAAUAACAACACUCUAAGCGCAAAUAGUAAGUGCCUUACUGCAAUGUCCUUGCAGAUUUUACGGAAAAGUAGGCUAAUGUCCCAAAAGGGAUAGAAAUCUGGGAAAAUCCCCUCCAAAACACGAUGUUGUCUGUUUACAGUUCGAGCAGAACUCAGUCAAAAUUCAAAACAGUAUGAAAUUAUUAUUCAAUUAUUAUUCUGAUGUAAUCGAUAGCCAUUCUAAAUGCGCAAGCUAAACAAACGGCAAAAUAUAGUCUAUAAAGUAAACUAGGCUAUAGGCUAUAACAAUACAUAGGCAGAGGUUCCUAAACCUUUUCACUCAGUCCCCCCUUCCAGCAUUGGGGAACAUCCCGCACCCCCUGCGCGCUCGCCACGUCUAUUUCUAUGGGCACAAGCACAGUUCGUGACACAAACUGUUCACACCCCUCUUGUUGGUGGAUAUAAUUUUGCAGGUUUAAAGCUUAUUAAGUUCUACACAUUUUUUCAUAGGGAGCAAAGAAAAUGUUGCCAUUUUAAAGCUAAUAUAUAUUUUCAUUUGAUAUUUGAGUGACAAAAAAAUACAACAAUAUAAAUGGGCUUAAAACAGCCAAAUUAAAAACGUUAGCUGAGAUGAGCUAGUUGAUGUGGACAUUUCUGAAAAGCUAUAAAUAACUCUAAGCCAGGGCUGUCCAACGCUGUUCCUGGAGAGCUACCGUCCUGUAGGUUUUCAAUCAAUCCUCCAUCUAGCGCACCUUUAAUUUUUUUUUUUUUUUUUUAAACCUUUAUUUAACGAGGCAAGUCAGUUAUGAACAAAUUCUUAUUUUCAAUGACGGCCUAGGAACAGUGGGUUAACUGCCUGUUCAGGGGCAGAACGACAGAUUUGUACCUUGUCAGCAAGGGGGCUUGAACCUUCCGGUUACUAGUCCAACACUCUAACCACUAGGCUACCCUGCCGCCCCGAUUCUAAUAGUUAGCUGGUUGAAAAGCUGAAUCAGGUUAGUUACAACUGCGGUUGGAGGGAAAACCUACAGGAGGGUAAUUCUCCAGGAACAGGGUUGGAGAGCCCUGCUCAAAGGUAUGAAUUGACUUCGAAAUU